UUCUUAUAGUGUGUGUGUCUCAUACUAGUUCACGUUGCACCUACUAUGAGUUUAAUUAGAAACUCGUUAUUUUUUCUUUUCUUCGUAUGGAAUUGUGGUGUAUUGUUCGCGAAAAAAGACACUUUUGGAGCAAUAUUUAACCCCUUCGAAGUUAAAGAAAUAUUUCCAUCAUUUGGCUUAACUAAAUCAGCUGAGAAAAGUCAUGACAGACAAUCCCUUUUGGACAAACUAUUUGACAGAUUUAAAAAAGGAGAGUACACCUUCAGAGUUGGACAAGUAUUUCGUGUAUAUAAUUCAUCUGGAACAAACGUCCACAAUAUGUACAAAGCCGAUCUACUAGAACUGGAUGGUUAUAGUGACUGUAUAGGCUUCACCACUGAGAGGUUUGAGACUAUAGUAUUACAGUGUUCAGAAAAGGACCCAGAUGAACCUAGUUGUUAUGAAGUGUUGGUGCCCAAAUCAAAACAAGGGAGUAAUGAUGUGCUGUAUGAGAAACAGGAAAAGAGGAUUUGUCCUCGCAAAUUAACUAAAGCCUGCGUUGGAAUAACAACUAGGGACAAUACGACUGUAAUGCUGGCUUGCAACGCAUACACUGGAAAUAUAGCCCGUGCAUCAAAUAACGCACCUCCUCCAGUACUUCAAUGAGAAACGAAAGCCUUCUUUUCUGUGAAGUCAUACGAAUUUGUAUUCUAGAACACGUAAAUUGGUAUUGCAAAUCAUUAACUGCUAAAUUUGAGGACUUUGAUCUGUGCGUAUAUCUCUAAAACGAGCUCACAAUAAUAUUUUCACUUAACUAAGCUGUAUUGUAUUCUUUAACAUUAUAUUUAUAUAAUUUA